UGGUUUUAGCGCGUAACGACCAACGGACACAGCAAGUUGCCGAUUCCCCGCCGUGCGAUCCUUUUUAGUGGCGGCUGCUGGCACCGCACUGCAGCGGAUUCUACUGGAAUCGCUCCUUUUCACCACCGUUGGCUUCCGCAUAUAGAGAUCGCCGCGUUUUUCGCCACAUUCUGCGCCGCGUUCCCCGCGGAAUCUGCACCCCCCGUAGCCUGAGCUUCAGUGCCGAUUAGUUUCGAUUGCAUUCCGAAUUUUGAGGCGCCUCAAAAAUAGACUCCUCACGCAUCAAUUGCAUUCCGAUUGCUGCAGAAGUAGGAACGAUAGCAGCCGCGACGAUGGCUCAGAGCGUUCUCUUGCCGCUCGCACCGGGUUACUGCGCGCCGGGUAACCUCGCGAUUCAGCCACACGCGUUACACCUGUUACUAUCACCCCGAUUCCGACACGUCGCUUCUCAGGCACACGCCGGACCAGGUCACCCGCCCAACCGGCAGUUGGCUAGGCUCGGAGGCAGGCUCGGUAACAGGCCCGGCAGCGGCGGCAGUGCUAGGCUAGGGGCGCACCAGCAGGGGUGGAGAAGGGGGUUUGGGGGGGCAGGCGGGAGAGGGGAUGGGGGAGGGGAUGGCGGGAGGCGGCGAACGAUCGCAGCCAUUGGAUUCACUGCAGAUCCACGGCCCAGCGUUGAGAAGGCAGCAGCGCGCCUACUGAGGGACGCCGCAGCCCUGCUGGUGUACCAGGACGUAUUUAAAGGCGCUGCUCCCCAGGCGUUCCUAAGACUGCUGCUGCAGCUGCGACGCUCUGAUGACCCCCUGCGCGUGUUGGAGGGCUAUGGGGAGUUCUACCGCCUCAUGGCCUUCGAGGAACAUUCCAGCUGGGAGGAUCUUCUACUGCAUCGCAUCCUCACCGUUGAAAACAACCCCUUCGUGGAGGCAGCAGCAGCAGCAGCAGCUGCUGAUGCGACCACUGCCACUACGGGUGGCAGGCACGGCAAGCUGAGGGCGGCAGCAGCGGUUGACCUGAGCUCGCUGCAGCGGCUGUGUGUCAAUGAGAGCACCCUGGCUGCUUGGGUGACUGACAUUGUUUCGGACAUGCCAGCAGAGUGGCGAGGGGCGGCUGCUGGUGCUGCCAAUGGGGUGGCGGGGAGCAGCAGGAAAGGACCAGGGGAGGGUAGGGUGAUGGGAUUCGAUUUGUCUGCUGCAAGCAUGGAGACACCUGCUGCUGCUGCUGCUUCCUCGUCUUCCUCCAGCGAAUCUUCUCCAGACCAUCUCCUACCUCCUCGCAUCAGCGGCAUGUGGGAUUGGGCUGACGCCCUGCCCCUUAUCGAGGCCUUUCACAAGACCAACGGCUUUGGGGAGGCGGCAGUCAGCUCGGUGCUGGAGUGGAAGGGAGGCCGCUUCGUGGCAGCAGCGCCAGACCUGGUCACCCCACCACCCUCACCGCUCUUCGCCAUCUACAAUGCGCACCGAGAGGCUCUCUGCACAGUGGUGGGGAGACACGUGGACGGACAACACUCUCCCCACGUGCUGCUGCACGGCCCACCUGGCAUGGGCAAGUCGACGCUCCUCCGCUCCGUGCUCCUCCCCAUGGCCCUCCCUUCCUCCUCCCUCCUCUCCUCCCCGCCCUCUGCCACCGCCCAAAACUCCCCAGAAAACGACAGGAGGGGGGAUGUGGGUGAUGGGGAGGGGGGUAGCGGCAGCAGGGGCAGGGCGCAGCUGAGGGUGGUGCUGCUGCAGAAGGGCGAGGUGAAGUGCAUAGCAGGGGUGCUGCAGGCGGCUGCUAAGAUGCCGGGCCUGCGCUUCUGCGUGCUCAUGGACAACCUAAACCUGCGGGCGGGUGAGGAAGCACUGAUCGCUCUUCGCCAGGUCUUCCACUCCUCCUUCCCCUUUCCCACCAACGUUCAACUGCUUGCCACUUCUCUGUCGCCGGACCUCAUUCGCCCUCCUGCCAGCCCCUCGCCUCCACCUGCUCCUGCUGCUGAAUCGGCCCUGGAUUCUGUAGCCGUGGCUGCUGCCGACCCCUCCCUUCCAACAGAGUCAGGCGAAACAAAGAGUGUCAGCAGCAGCACUGUGGGUAGUGCGUUCACAAGAGGCAAGGGGGAGAUUGGCACUCACUUUGCCUUCUCCCUGCAUCUGGGUCGGUUGAACUCACAGCAGCUGCAGCAGUGCCUAUCUGAGCUCGUGUCCACGGCACCUGCAGAGUCGAUUGACCGCACGGGUGAGGCAGAGGACGCCAGUCUUGUCUCAGUCGUGCAGGCAGCAAGGUACCACAUGCUUUAACUACGGAGCAGCUGCAGUGCCUAUCUGAGCUCGUUUCCACUGCACCUGCAUAGCUGAUUGACCACACUGGAACAGCUGUAGUUACUGCUGCUGCUGCUGCUGCUGCUGGCAGAUGGGGGGCGGCAGGCGAGGCAGAAGACCUCAGUCUUGUUUCUGUCAUGCAGGCAGCAAGGUACCACAUGCUUUAACUACAGUGGACCUCACAGCAGCUGCAGCGGUGCCAAUCCGAGCCCGUGCCCUCUGCACCUGGUCAGUCGAUUGACCACUCUGAAGAAGGAGAGCCAUCUGCUGCUGCUGGUAGUGGUGCUGACAGGUGGGAGGUGGCUGUCGAGGCAGAGGGCCCCAGUUUUGUCUCUCUUGUGCAAGCAGCAAGGUACAUGAUCUAAUACGACCAUAUAUUCCCAUGUAUUCACAUUUGGUGGAUCACCAGUGUCAUCAGCUACAUACCAGGGAGGAUGCUGUAUGUGGGGUAUUUUUUAUAAUUCUAAAAAAUACCCUGCUAGGGAGGACGCUGUAUGUGGACCACAGUGCCCAUCGAGUUAGGGUUGAGUGCCCAUCGUUCCAAAAGCUUGUUCCUGAACUUACUACCAGACGUGCCCCUUACAAGACUCGUGCGCUGCUGUGGAGUAUAAAUGGGAUGUGAGGUG